GAUGAAUUGGACCACCAAAACCUGCCAGUCUAUAUCUUGGCUCCUCAUUACAAACAAUGAUUUCGCGCUCAAGGGUUAGAAGCCCGUGAAGGCCGAGAGAUUGAUUGAUUGUGCUUGGAACUUCAAUGUUGUUUCAACUGGAAAAAGAUGGAGACUUGGCACAACCCAAUGCUCUACACAACCAAAUGAUCAGUGUCAACAAAUCUCUCCGGCUACAUGGUCGGUAAGGAUGAGUCGUAGACUCAUUGACCUUGGGAUAUUGGCAUAUCUUUUCUCGGACGUAUUACUCGAAGAGUGCUAUUGCCCCCAGUGUCGAGCACAUUUCACCACCGAGAAAUCAUGAAGUCAAGUACUGAUGGAGCGAAGGCAUUGUCUAUCUUUGAAUGCUCCCCACAUUAUCUCUGCCUCGAGUCCAAAUGGAGUCGUUGGACGUGAUCUAUUAUUAGUCUUUUCGGUGCCGGUUUUGAGAUCAUUGAUUCAAUAAGUUACGGAAGGAUUAGAUAUUACCAUUCACAACGCUUUAAUUUCAGCUCAUCUAAACCAUCUUUCCAUUCCAUUCAUUGUUCUCCGGAAUUCAAUAAGCAUCAAUCAAAUCACUUCAGUCUUUGAUUCCUUUCAGGUAUCUUCGACGAAUAUAAAGUUAUCGAACUUGAAGUGGAAGGUCGUGUCCAUGUGGUUUUGAGACUUAGUAAGUUUCAUUUGAAACCGUGCCUCCUAGUAAGACCCACGCACAGAACAACUUCCAUCCUAACAGGACUCUCUAUACCCAAGGACUAUGGUUAUUCUAGUUUGAGUCUCUGUUGAAAAAUUCAUUUCAGGCAAUGCCGGUACCUGUCAUUGUUAGAGCUUGUGUUACAGUUUACUUCAACACUUGUCUGAUUUAGGGCAUUCAUUCCAAAUAGAGUAGAUACCGUGCCCUGAUCGUCGUUUAGGAACCCAUUCAGUCGGUGUUUUCUUCAAUUGGAAAAUACUACUGGAGUGAUGGUAGCCUUGUUAUGAACUCAUCUUGCAUUCCAGUCCCCUCUCUUUUUCAUCAAAUCUAAAAAUCCUGAUAUUAACAGUUGUUGUUGACGACGCCGGCGCCGAACAUGAGCUCGCGUUGAUAGCUACGAACAUAAUGUUCACUCAUGAUUUUCUUUUCUUAACAUUAUUACCCAUAGAUUGGGCAUUUACAUCAUAAUAAUUCUUUUCAAAUUUGUGCCGCGAUGACUAUACCGGAUGCCGUUCAGACCUUGUCGGCUGCAUUCUCAUUGUCAGUUCAUCAACUCGAAUAUCUUUCAAGUUCUUGCUAACAUUCAACAUAGUGGUAUACUUCUGCAGGCAGCAACUGGCGCAUUUCUUAUAUACUUUAGGGGUCAUGGUUCAAAUGUUUUCAAGGACGGCCGGAGGCUGGUCCUCUUACUAUUCUUGUUGUUUAGUGUAUUGUGGGCGCAAAUCGAUUUCUUGGAGCUCUUGAUGCCAACGACAGGUACCGGAACUUGUCAGGCGGGAUUAAUAUUUACAACGAGUUUCGAUCAGUCAGCGAGGGUGGCACUCGAACAGUUCUUGUUGUGGUCGAUUGGUCAUGGAACGAAGAUCACCGCUAUUCGAGCUAUUUUACAAGGUCUAUUGGGCACCCGAUUGAUAGUGGGAGGUAUUUUGGCUGGAGUUACUCGUCCUCAAUUCGCACCUACAUGUGUUGCCACUACUUCGAUAUUACCUGUCGCAAUUGUAGUUCUGGUCAUGGACCUUAUCAUAGUUGGGGCUCUACUCGUCCAAGCUGGCUCUUUGGGAAUGUUUAGAGACAGCCGUGAAGAACGAAAAUUGCAGAAUAGAGCUUUAUUGCUCGUCAUUGCAGGUUUCGCCAUCUGGACUGUAGUAUGUGCUCGCAAACUGUCUUUGACUCAAAUGCUGAUACAAAUUUAGACCAGUGUACCCAUGCUUCUUGGGAUACCUAGCAUUGAUUUGAUCGCUCGAACUGUCGUACCUGCAAAUGGCCUUCUUGUGCUCAUUGGUAUGUGCUAUUCAUCCAUGGCUGCCAGGAUAUACUAAUAUAGAUUGUAGGCAUCAUUACCGCUUACCCGGUGGCAUUGUUGUCUCCGAAGCAAGAGGAUGCUGUGACCGCGGGUGCAAAAUCUCCAUUUUCCACAAGCCCAAUGGCGAUAUCUCGAGGAAUGUUUCAAAAUAGUAUAGGAGAUGAAGGAUCCUCUGUAAUUGGUCGUCCUGGCACUAAAAGUCAAUUGUUUGUAGCCAAUCCUUCCUCAACACCAACCUCAAGAGAUGUGCGGGGCUUCACAAAACUCGCCGACGAUGGAAACUCAGGAGAAGCGCAAAAUGCUUCUGGUUACCAGGCUCCAAGUGGUGCUUACCCCACCGUCUUUGGUGCAUCAUCAUUGGUAACGGGUCAAGAAGUACCCGGACCAGCGACUGAGCAAUUCGUCAACCCUUCUAUCUCAACUCCAGUAUCUUCCAAACGUCCAAAGGUAUCUGUACGAGGUCUUGCCAUAUCCAAACCUAUAGUCAACGAUGAAACGGAUCCUGAUACACCUUUUUCACGAAUUGCAACAAUCGAUCUCAAGACUGCUAUUAUGAACGACCGCGAACGAAGAACAAUGGCCAGCAAGAAGUCCCUGCCCAAUGCUCCGAGAGCGGACUUUCAACGAUCAAGAAUGUCACCGGAGGAUAUUUUAAACAAAGCAAAUGAAGUUGCACAAAAAGGGGUAUCAAAUCAGGCUAAUGAGUGGAUGGCUGCAUCGGGUUUGUCAACUUCUGCAUUACUCUCUCCUGCACGUGAUGAAGUGCGACGUCGCUCGCCACGAGGAGUUAAUAACCUGGAAACAUUGGAGGAGAAGCAAACUUUCAGACCUGUCGCAGGGUUACCAAUGAAUCCUAGAUCUCAGAAAUCAACAAUGUCUCAACAGAGAGGAGAGCCUCAACCACAAACAGUCAUGUUAGUGAAUGAUAUUAUUUACGACAACCCUGCAGUGGUAGAGUCCAUUAUCAGCAGAACUCCAGCACAUAUCAAAGAAAAAUCCUUAAUGGAAUUGUCACCGUUAACUCCUUAUACUUCGGGAUUUGAACCACGGGAAUCAAUUAUACAGAGAGCAAGGCCUAUUCCAAGACACAAAAAUACUGGACUGUUUGGAAACGAGCCUUUGCCUGUUCAUAGACGUAGCAAAUCAAGCUCUGCAAUAUUGGGCAAAAAGUUCUUGCUCACUUCUACCCCGGGUAGUCCAUCACAGCUGCCUCCACUUCCAAAGCCACCUCCGGUGUAUACUGCUUCCAAGCUGAAGAAGCUUUUACCUAAUGACACGAAAAGCAUGACCUUCGAAGAGAAGAUAGAAUUUCUGUUCCCAGCUCCGCCAGGAGUAAGUCUACUUGAUAAUCGUCGCUCGUCCGUCCCAGAUCUUCCAAGCAUGGCUAGCAAAUUAGCUACUUCAAUCGAGUUAGAGCAUGGUAACUCUGUCUCUAAACGGACAACAACCAUUGCGUUACUCACCCCACAAGAAUAUCCAGCCAAACAAAACUCCACAGAAGUGGAUUCAAACCGCGAAACAUAUCUUUCAGAUGCAGUAGAAAGUGUUUCAAAGACUUUGGUGGCAAAUCGUAAUUUUACCAAUGAAAAUAUUCUCGAGUUGGUUAGCAAAACGCUAUCCAAUGACUCUCGUGAAAGAGAUGCACAAGUGUCGAGCCCUGCGGAGGAAGGUUACGUGAGCUAUAUUAGUCCAUCAAAUGCAUCUGACACAUAUAGAGGUUCCUCGUAUUCUGCAUUUUCACCGCAGAGAAGUCAGAGAUUUUUGGAUGAUCUUGAGAGGUUAGAAAUAAUGUCAGAAAUAGCAAUAGAGGAAAAUGAAGGCGAAAGCGACGAGGCUAUGGUUGUUACGAUCAAUUCUGCUGAAAAUCGAAAAUCCAUGCCAGAAUCUGUGGCUGAUGACAGCGAGUCCUUCAUUUUUGAUAUUAAUGGCUUACCUGUUGAGGCAAAACACUCUACUUCAACAUGGCACCGACGUAUCGGUGACGAACUGCCUACUUUCUCUGAUCGGCGAUUGAAGCAUGGCUCACGGAAAAUAUCUCCACCAACGGCUUUAUUGUUAGAACCAGCGCGGGGUAGGGCUUCUCCCAUUCUCAUUCGCAACGUUGAACCAUCUCCAGCAUUAGACUCGCCAGGAAGGGCUCUACAAGACAUUAAAGACCAACUGAAUCGAAUUGAACAGCCAAGACGCGCAUCAUUGAGAUCAAUUCUUAGUCGUAUGCCAGCUACGGAAAAUGUUGGAGGCUUUGGAAGUGAUGAUGGAUUGGAAAGGCUACGAUUACUCGAAACUCUUGAGCGAGAGAUGGGUGAGCAGGAGAACGAUUGGCAAAAGAUGCAUCAGAACUUUAGUCGGGAUUCUAUGUCCUCGAUUGGAACUCUUGCGACUCCAAGAUCCGAGGCCUCUCCUGAACUAACAAGAUCUGCCAUGGAUACAAGGGCAUCGCAAAGAUUAUCGUUGGGAUUACGCCGUAGUUCGUCUCGACUCAUACGUCAAAGAAUGAGAGAUAAUUCGAACGGGACGUCUGCAGAAGCUGAAAUUGUACCUUACCAAAUUCAGGAAAGUUCCAGUCUUGGUGGUUGGCAGCAGCGCCUAGCUGAUGCACAGAUGUCCUACAUGGAAAAUGUCCCAACUGUAUCUCAUUCUCGCAAUAGCAGUAUGAAUUUCUUAUCGGUUUCCAAAGCACCAAAUGCACCAUUGGAAAGUCCUACUCCUACGCAGAGCAUGUUGGAGAUCGAGUCCGAAAGCGAAUAUGGAAGUGAAGGAGAAAUUGAGGAGGAUGAACGUUCAAUUCCUUCGCCAUAUUAUCCAGCGUCAUUAUGGCAGCCAGUGGUGCAAUCACCCAAAGCAGCUGCCUCAUUCCUUUGGAGCUCUGCCAAUGACACGCCCGCUAGUCAAUCUCCCGAGCCUCCAGCAAAGAAUAUCCGCCCGGCUCAGCGGCAAAUUGGCGCUGAAAUGCUCCCCAGCAGUGGUGAUUUGUGGUCAAAGCCAUCUCCGAAUAUGCGACCCGGCAGUGUUUUGGUGCAAGGAUUGUGGACAUCAAAAUCAGUCCGAUCAUCCACAGUCAAAGCUCGCCCCGUGACCCAGAGACCUCCAAGGAGAUCUAAGCGUACCACACUUUUAGCAGACAUUGGUAAGUGUCUAUUGCUGUUAUAUUGCUAAAUAUAUAAAUGCUUAGCUAACAAUAAAUAGUCGAGAACCCUGAACCUCUCCCUAACAAACGCGAUACAUUAGGAAUAUUCCAAUUCCCCUGGGGAGAGCGAUCUGACACAGCCAUGCCCCAACAAACUUACAACCCAUUCUUCCAAACGGGACCAGCCUUGAACGCAGCCCUCGACUCAAGAUCUCGUCAAUUGGAGCCUGACUCAUUAGAAUAUUCGUCUACAUCUUUCUUUGAGGAUUACGACGAGGAAUACGAGCUUGGCUCCGAUAUGACUUCAGAAAGUGAAGAUGAGUUUGACGAGACCACUUUGUGGGAAAUAGCAAGCAUGCUUAAGUCUUCUGAUGUUCCCUCAAAGGACAGCCUCUUGCCACCGAUACGGCCUUCGGAAGAUAUUGUUGAUGAUUACGAGGAUUAUGAAACUAGCUCGGAGACUGAUUUCAGCUCGGAGGACGAAGAUUAUGAGGAGUUUAACAAUAAUAAUGAAUAUUAUGGAGAAUACUAUGAUGAGGCUAGAAACUCAACCAUUAUAUUUUCUCAUGAAGACGACUUCGAUCUAGAUGAUGAGGUUGAUCCUGGUAUGGCAGCGCCUGUCGCCAAUUUUUAUGAAGAGAACUCCGAAGACUUGUUCGUGCUUUCAGGUGAUUCACCUAGGGUUUUUGUUGAAGACCCACUGCUUUUGGAUAACAGCAUAUCGGCAGAUACAAAGAUAUCUGAGUAUGGCUUACCUCAACCAAGUCCUAAUAUGUGGAAAUCAUAUAUCCCAUCAUCGCAAGGCACAGUUCGAACACAACCUCAUCCACCGUCGCCGAUGCAAAAACUCAACAGCCAUAAUCUUUGGACUGGAGGAGAAAGUGACUUUUUGGAGGAAGAUUCAAUCGCAGAUUCCUACUUCGAGCCCGAGUUGCUACCCAUAACUGUCAGAACCCUCAUGUGGAGUGCCCCAGCGGUGUUCGUCGAAGUACCAAGUUUUGGCCUCUUCUCUGUAGAGGCUAGGCGUCAGAAUUUCCGCUCAACUACCGAAAUACCGGCUGCCAUUGGUCUCAAAAAGAUUCAACGGGUGAUCUCAUCCCCAUUACCUGUAAUUUCAACUAAGAAAUUAUGGUCGCUAGCAGGGCUUGCGCGGCCUACCAGCAAAAACUGGCUGUUGAUCAGUGCGGCCAAACCAACUCCAUCCAGAGCUGCCGAUAGCCACACUUUCCUAUGGACCGCAAGUCCAAUAGUCGCCGAUGUUACCAGCAAGGGUCUAUUUCAACGGAGGUCAUCGCGUAUUCAAAAUUAUCGCAACAGCGAGCUAGACCCAGCCGCAUUGAUUUUGACCUCCAAAGGACGAAGUAAGCCAGGAGCCCUUUCAAAGCUGGUAUCAAAUAGACUUUGGCGCCGACCGUCUUUAUUGCUUCUAGAGCGUGAUCACGAUUGGAUCUCAGAGUCGUCAAUUCGACCAAGUAGUCCGUCCAUAGCAUCAGAGACAAGUUCUGGAAGAUCAUCUCCUGAUAUAUCGGAUGCAUCUUCCAUUGCUUCCACGAGUACCAAAGCAUCAUCACUGUUCUCUUUAGCUUCUAUUUCAAUGCGAAGAACGCUUUCAGCCAAAAAGAAUGAAGACUUUAUACCGCCGCCGCCGCCUCCUAUUGACUUAGCCAAGUAUCAGUCAAAGCUUCCUGUUCGUCAAGUUUCUCUUAAACCUACUCAAAGACCUCCCCCGAAAGCUGAAUCCUCAAAGCCAUUCAGGCAAUCAGGUGUUUUGUCCUACAGGGAUAUUUUUGAGGCAAAACUUCCCCUUAGCUCGGAGAAGCCCCAGUUACCAAGAUUUCGCAGAUCUGUGGUGCCAACGAAGCCGGUCAAGCCAGCCCACAGAGCUAUUAGACAUAAAUAUAGAAAUACCAUCGCUUUCCGUGCCAAUUGGGAGGAUGCUUUGAAUGAAGCUAUCAUUGCAGGGCUGCCUAGAUUCAAGGCGACAGCUGCUGAUUGGGGCCUUGCUUUGAGUGAAGCUGUAACUCUCGGGGCGCAAAGUAUCGAACCUCUUCAAACCUCUUUACACAGCUUGGCACCAGUUGCCACAGAGGAGGUACUGGAAGACGUCGUAGGCCAAACAUACUCCGCUGUCUAUAAUCCCGCAAUAGUCCAUCCGGUUUUCUUUACGAAAACCCUUGUCUCAGAUGUAGACAGUAUUCAUCCUGCUGCUAUCGGACAUACGCAGCUUCUACGUCUCACAGCCAGUGUUAAUGAUUGGGACCGAGCGCUGGGAAAGACUGCUUCUACUGACACAACACGAAUGCAGCGGCCGACUGCAUUCGCGUUCAUGUGGAAAGAUGCCCUAAAGGAGGCUAUCGCUGCAGGAACCCCUAAGGAAGUGAAGAGAAUCAGUGUUAUCGAGAUUCAACAAAGUACAGCGAUGAGUAAUGCUAGUGACUUUACAAGCUACAACGUUGCAUUUCGUCAUCCGGUCUUCUUUACUACUACUCUCGUCUCGACCGCAAUGGAUAUUCAUCCCGCUUGUAUCGGGCACUGUCUUGUGACAAGUUCUCAUCCAAUGUUCAAGCCUAGUCUCUGGAUCCCUAAACUAGUGAGCAUGACGUCACUUGCAAGUAUUGGUCUGUGGAGACAACAACUUUCUGCUCUAGAGAAACUGCAGCCAGUUCUUGAGGAAUUGGUAUCUGAGUCUAAGCGAAGAUUCACGGUACAAAAAACUAUGAAACUACCAAUUCUGGAAUCUCAUGAGUUGUGGCAACCAGCUGCAAUCAUACCCGUUUCCAAGAAUUGGCUUCACACCUCAAGCAAGUCCAAUGCAAGCCGCGAGUUACUCUUUCAAAGGUCUGUCUUCACUGUUACCAACCACAUCGGUGGUCUCAUGUGGAAACCAUCGACACGAACAAUUAGGUCUACCCCGGAUAUGUUCGCGAGCAUUAAGCACGAGUAUAUCCAAAGAACUACUACUGCUCGCUCUUCCCCUCUUCCGUGCAUUGAGUCUACCGAACUCUACAAAGUGUCAGAAAAGAGUAAGCCCGAAAUGAACUGGUUGAAUGCAUCUAUCGGGACACGAGUUAAAGUUCAGGACGCUUCAAUCAUGUGGGCAGUCAAUGGGUCAUCUGUGCCGGAAUUGUUCUCAGACAUGACGUAUGAACGUAUCAAGAGGGUCUCUGGCACGCCCUCAGCUGUCCUCCCACAUCUGGAGUCCUCUGAGCUCUUCAAGCUUAAAGAUCAAUCGAGCAUAGAAAUUGAUUGGCUGCGUUUAUCUAUCCCACCCAUCGUUACUAUCCCAAGCGAAUCCAUGAUGUGGACAGCAUCCUCUGUGGGAACCACAUGUAAGCCAAAUUUGUUCGCUGAUGUAAAAGUCAACCAUGCUAGAAGGGUCUUUGCCGUUCGUCCUUCCAAUUUGCCUCGUCUAAGCUCCACGGGGCUUUUCAAAAUGAACACUGAGAAAAAGACCGAAGUUGAUUGGCUACAUGUAUCCGUCUCUAAGCCAGUGAACGACGAACCUGUCACCAAAUUCAUAACCAUUAAGUCAUCAGUUGUUGCAGAGCCUACAUUCGAGCAGUUAAUGGCUGAUGUGGAAGCACUUACUGAAGAGGAAAUUGCUGAAUUACUAGCAGCUGAGGAGUUCAAAACAGAAGAAGACACGAUAGCAAAGCUUGUCAUGGAUGAGCCUCUAGUCAUGAAUCAAUUACGAGUUGGAGGUCUGUGGAGCCCAUCACCAAAGGUCACAAUAGAAGAAACCACCGGUACAUGGAAAAUAUCCUCAUCGACUGCAAUUGCUCGCCCCGACAUCUUCAUCAAGAGCGAUAUGUUGUAUUCUCACAAGUCGUCAACCCCUUCCCAGAUGAGUCUUCCGAGACUCGAGUCAUCAAAACUUUUCAUUCCGAGCUCCACUUCCAAGAUUGAAAUCGACUGGCUUCACAAUUCCUGCUUGUCGCCCGUCUCGAGAUUAGCAGAGAUACUGACUCCAAAGGCUCCUGAAAAUCUAGUCGACUUUAUUCCAUCUUUGACAGUCACAAAUUCAAAGACUUGGAUGCCCAAUUCGUCAACUGUAGCACAGGUCUCUGUGGAAGGUAUGUGGAUGGCGCCUAUAACAAACAAUAUUGUUGAGCUCUCUAUGUUCUGUGAACCACGGGUUCGACCUUUGAUUAGAAGGAACAGACAAGAAGUCGAGAAGAAAAUCGAAAGUACCGAAUUAUGGACAAAUCAGAGAAGCACUUCCGAAAGCCUCAAACACUGGUUGUUGGGCUGAGCAGUAAUAUGAAUGAAUGAUCUGGGAUAUCUAUUGUAAAUGAUGUAUAUUUGGGUUUGCUAUAAUUUGUGCGCUUGGGAUGUUCUCUUGGCAGAACAUGUGCGAGACUGAUGGUAAAACCGGGUGGUAAAGGUCAGGACGGUGUAUAGUGGAUAUGGUGUAAGGAAUAAUGAUACCCGCCAAGUAUGUAGAUAUUUUACUCACAAGCCAUUUCUGGCAUUUCUCCUUAGCUCUGUUGAAUAUACGUUAGCUUUAUGCUAUUCUGCCUCAUUUUCCUGCAUGUAACGAUUCUCACGUGUACCUUAGCGAAGUUUACUUGCUUACAAUGAUCAUAUGUGAGACCCAUGCUGCAGGUGGCUGUCUCGGCGCCGUUUCUCGAUUGUUGAGGAUGAGGAGAGCGUUGUAUACAUGAGGAAAUUGAGUAUCAAACUGAUACAGAACAAGCUGAGAAAAGCCUCAGAUUUCAAAUCCAUAUUGCUGCACUUUAAAGACUUUGCACACCUCCAAACACCAUGAUUUUAGAAAAGAAACCGAGUUAAUAUUCUGCAGGGACAGAAACC